AUGAAACUCCCCUACCUCCUCCCAAUACUGGGAUUAGUCGCCUUGAGUGACGGCAAGAAGAUCAAAGAAUUUAUCGAAUCCCCAAGCGACGGCCCUGAUCUGUCAGAUUACAAACUCACCGCGACUCUUCCCAUCACCUCUUUCCCGCCUCCAUAUGCAUGGCCUGACUACGCGCCAAGCUUAACCAUCUACCUCCAUGCGCCGCAGGACUGGGCUUUCUCAAAUGUGUCGAACACUGUGCCAAUAGCGCCGGUUCUUGAUACUGGUUCAAAUGGCCUAAUGUUGGACGCUCUGGAUUUGAACAUUACCAAUGCGACACUGGCGGGUUAUGAGCCUGGAUAUCAGUAUCUCUCGUCAUCAACAAGAUUAUAUCGCGGCGCGUGGGUCCCAUUCAGACUCGAAUUUGCUGAUUCAUCCGGCGAGCCUGUCAAUGUCUCGGCAGAGGUUCCUGUGCUCAUCGUGAACGAGACGCUUCAGUGCUCAGGGUACGAUACCAAAUGGAAAGGAGAUUGCCCUGAAGAGAACACGAGCAAUCAUAAUUUGAACCCGCGCGGCACACAAUGGUGGGGUAUCGGCUUCGGUCGUGAAGCAGACGGACAGUCACAAGGAACACCGGACAAGAACGCGCUGUUGAACAUAAAAAGCAUCAACGGCGUGAAUGUCUCUGCUUCAAACAGCUACAGAGCGGGAUACAGCUUACGAAAGGAUGGCGUGGUGAUCGGUUUGACUGAGGAAAACACACAAGACUAUACCUGGAUGAAGUUGGAGAUGCAAAAGGGCUUUUCUAAAGACCCUCGCGAUUGGAGAAACGUCACCGGCUGCGUUAGCGUUGACGGCGGGACCUGCCGAUUAUCGAAUAUUCUCGUUGAUACAGGCGUUACCCUAUCCUAUCUUUCCACCGCUGAUAAAGAAGUCCGCCUGGUUCCAUCAAACAGUACCUCCAGAGCAAAGAUCUUGGCGGCCGGCCAGAAUGUGCUGGUUCGUUUUGGGAUAGAGCCUGGAUAUGCAGGGAUCCAAUACAAUUUCACCACUGGAAGCAACAGUAGUUGGGAGCCAGACGAAGUGAGGACAAAGUUGGUGAAUUAUGGGAGGGAAGAGAAGAUAAACACGGGAGUUCACUUCUAUCAAGAGUGGGAGACUCUCUUUGAUGCAGACGGCGGUUAUUUUGGAGUCAACUUAAACAUUUCAACCCCACACUUGGACCCAUCUGUCAUUAAACUGUAUGUGCAUAGACUCGUUUCGGUAGAAAAUUAUUCUCUGAAUAUCUUCCAGAUACAAAUAUCCGAAGCCAGCUCAGUCCGAAUGUCCACAACAGAGUCUAGCCCGAUCCCUCAUCCAGCAGAAGUUCCACCCACCAUACCUUAUAUAGACCGUCUACCAGUAGAGUUGGUCGAAUUGAUAUGCUCUUGGAUCCUUGUGGAUAAGAAGGCAAUCAUUAAGCCCGUUGAUCCUCUGGAAUUUACGCAAUGUUCACGAACAUUUGCAAGACUGUCUCUUACCUCCAAGCGCUAUCAUCAAAUCGCAAAUCCAUAUCUCUACUCAGAAAUCCGAAUUGGGGCGUGUGACAAGACUUGGUUACCUCGCUUCCUGAUCUUCUUGUGGCGUAGGCCAGACCUGCGGCUUCUAAUCAAGGAGGUUAACAUCUCAUGUCUGCCAAAGGCUUUUUUAAUCGAUCCAGACAUUAUGGGGCCCAUAUUGGAUGAAAUAGCUUCCCAUUUCUCCCUCGCCCCUCUUCCUUCAUGGCAUCCGAAAGAUUGUAGUGAAGGAUGCAACGAGAAUCGUGAACCUUGCGAGCACUUCAAGCGGUUGCUUGUUCUCUUGGCCUUUCUGACGCCAAAUGUGAAUCGCUGGAGCAUGGUGCCACCUCACAACUUUUACUUCACCGAAUUAGCCGAGGCGACAUGGAGAACAGAAGACAUAAGCAAAGCAUCUCCGUCUGACCCUCGAGCACUCAUGUCUCUGCAACACUUGUGGGUUCCUGGAGCGCAGCCAUUUCCUUACUCGACAGACCUCUCGGCCCAGGAAGCAGGGCUUCAACUAGCGGGGUGGCUUCUUCCAAGUCUUCGAACUUUGCGACUACGUAACGCAGGCCUAUAUCGCCCACUUCAGCGCGGUGUUAGGCUCGACAGCUUGAAAGAAAUAGUCAUAGAUUUCGGUCUUCUAACGGAAGGGGGCUUAUUCACUCUGGUUGGGGCGUGCAAAGUCUUGGAGAGCUUCCACUUUUACUCUAGAGGAAACUCCCCAGUUUUCCCUAACGGUUUUUGCGGCUCAUCAUUGCGUGAGAAUUUUCCUUUUGAGUUCUGGCCACGACAUAUUGUUCCGGCAUUCAGCCACCUAAAAGGCACUCUUCGGACCCUUGCCAUCAAUCGGUGGGAUGGUGCUCGAGGAGGGACUGAGCGCGACAUCACCAUCCACACCGACAAUGAGGUCCUUUAUGCGCUCUCGCCUGCAUGGAAAGGAAGUGCAGCGGACAGGACGAUGGGUAGUUUUAAAGAUUUUGGAGUCUUGGAGACUCUCAAGCUUGACUCUACAUGUUUACAUCACCUCAGGACUGGGCCCCGUAGGGACCGCAGAGACCUCCCAGAGGACCAUCUCACAAGUCGUCUCCCCCCUUCCCUGCGCCAUCUCGUUCUUCCUGGCGCUCCUCCUCAGAUGAUCCCAGCACUCCAUGCACUAGCCUCAAGCGCAGCCUCCGAGUUCCCAUCCCUAAGGCUGGUUGAAGCAACGGCCACUGAAAGAGACAUUCGCCAACGAGAAACAUCGUGGCGCAAGUAUAGUGGCCCCAAGGUAUUGAGAACCGGAUCCUCCAACUUCAUAAAACCCGAUAUCUGGACCUCUCUUGAAGAGAAGUUUGCAGCUGCUGGGGUCCAGCUCAAGCACAUUGACUCUGGAAAUACCAGCUGUUUUGCAAGGGAUGUUCUUGAAAAAGCUGGCCUCGUUGGGCCUGAAUCAGAAGAGAUGUACGUUGACCCCCAAACUUUCCUCACGUCGGUUUUAUUUUGCUGACUGCAAUAAAAUGC